AUUUCUUCUCUCGUCUUCAUUUGCUACCAACACCUUCUUCCAUCAAUUUGCAGGCAAGGGAUGAAUGUGUUGGUGAAGGCAUUGCAGAGCAGACUCCAGAGUACCCACCCUUCUACCACUGCUCUUUGUUUCUUGCCGUUCAAAAAUGGAGUUUACUUCUGAUCCAGUGGUAGUAUCCAUUAAUUGUAUUCUUCGACAACCUGUUUCAUCCUAUUCUUUAGAAGGUAUCAUUUACAAGGUUCCAGAACCUCUGCGCAGCAUGAACUCAGAAGCUUAUACCCCCACUGCCAUCUCUAUCGGCCCCUUUCACUCCGGUAGAAAAGAUCUUAAGGCUAAUUCACUUAAACCCAUAUACCUUCGACACUUCCUUAAUCUCGCUCACCUCUCUGUGAACACGAUUGUAGAAACGGUCCAGACUUUGGAACAAAGAGCUCGCUGUUGUUACACAGAAUUCAUCGAGAUGAGUAGUGAUGAAUUUGUGGAACUUCUCGUCUUCGAUGCCUGUUUCGUUGUCAUGCAUCUCAUCAGUUGGCAGUACCCAAAUUUGGCUGCCCCAAACGCGGCCAAUUUAUGGCAAUCCUGGAAUGAAAUAUUUCAUGAUCUAAUGCUGCUUGAAAACCAACUUCCCUUCUUCCUUCUCCAGUUUUUAUACAACCUCUUCGGCCCCUCUCAACCUUUACUAGAACAUAAGAGUUUCAUUCAAAUUGUUCAAGAUUAUAUCUCGGUAAACAAAUAUCCAUCUGUGCUUUUUGCUGGUAUCAAACAACUUUCGAUGGAUUACAACUACCACGUGAAUCAUUUUAUUGAUUUAGUAAGAAUGUCUAAAAAUCAUAUAGUUUCCAAUGAAAUGAUGAUCCCAUACACAGUUUGGCCACCGAGUGCCACCGAGCUUCACGAAUGCGGCGUUAUUUUCAAGACUUGGACGCACAUAGAAUUUAAUGACCAAGAUGGGUGUCUACGACUACCGUCAAUCAACAUAGGCAACAAAUUUGAAAAGCAUGUGAGGAACAUUAUAGCUUAUGAGCAGCACCAUAUUGACAUUGAGUUAUGGAACGAUGUGACCAACUUUGCUUUGUUUAUGACGUCGUUGGUCCAGACAGACCAAGACGUGAAAUUGCUGAUUGAGGGAGGGAUCAUAGAGAACUACUUUGGUAGUAUCAAAGAGAUUACCCAAUUAUUCAACAACCUCUGUAAGCACACCUACGUCGGAGUCAACUACUACAGUUCUCAUUGCCAAAAAAUGAAAGAUUAUUGCAAGCACCGUCGCCAUCGUUGGAUGACGUCGUUGCGGCGCAACUAUUUCAGCACGCCAUGGCUCAGUGCUUCCACCAUUGCAGCCAUCCUCCUCCUUGCCCUCACUCUUGUACAGACCAUCCUGGCUCCACCGAAUGUCACCGAACUUCACGAAUGCAGCGUUAUUUUCACGACGGGGUAUGACAUAGAAUUUAAUCAAGGUGGUUGUCUACAACUGCCGCUAAUCAACAUAAACGACGAUUUUGAAAAGCGUGUGAGAAACAUUAUAGCUUAUGAGCAAUGCUAUAUUGACAUUGAGCCAAUGAACUCGGUGACCAACUUUGCUGUGUUUAUGAAGUGCUUGGUCCAAACAGACCAAGACAUGAAACUACUCAUUGAGGGAGGGAUCAUACAGAAUAGCUUUGGUAGUAUCAAAGAGGUUACCCAAUUAUUCAACAACCUCGGUAAGCAUAUCUGCCAUGAAAUCAACUUCUAUGGUUCUGAUUGUAAAAAAAUGAUAGAUUAUUGCAAGCGUCGUCGCCAUCGUUGGAUGACGUCGUUGCUACGCAACUAUUUCAGCAUGUCAUGGCUCUAUGCUUCCUCCAUUGCGGCCAUCUUCCUACUUGCCCUCACUCUUAUAUAG